UAACCAUCAUGUUAUCCAGCCGGCGCUCCGUGUACAAAGGAGGAACCACAGCUUACGGCGCUUGCAUUCAGUCUCAGCCGCGGCGCUAAACAGGAAAGAGGUGCUCGGAUCAGGGUCGACCACCAGGGUUUUUUCAUCUCCAUCUGUAACGUCGUGUCAGCGGGCAGCCGUCGACCGGCCAUGUCUGACCAGCACCGAGUCGACGAAGUAUCCAGCAGACGCUCUUCUGAAGGCAUCUCCGAUGUACAGGACCGCCCAGAAGGGUCGCCUCAGAAUAAUGCCUCGAAAUUGCGUCAAAACAACGAAAAGAAGCCAGAGAAAAUGGAGACUGGCAAGGAACACGUCAAUUCAGAUAGUAUUGGGGUCGAACCAUCUUCGAGCCCGGGAAUACAGGAAGAAGCCGGCGUCGAGGGUGAUAGAGGUGCGAAGAAGACCAGACCAGAUGCUGGUUUAAAGACAGGCAAUGACCCGUUCAACUACGAGGACAAGUACCCCGAAGAUAAUAUCUACGAAGAAACAGCCCCGAAUGCGAGAGUAUGGAGAACAUACGUGGACGAGAGUACGAAUUACGACGCCAGGAUGGUCGGGGAAUCGAGGGAUAGUGUCGAUGUGCUUCUUGUUUUCGCUGGUCUUUUCUCAGCAGUGGUGACAACCUUCGUAUCGCAAACAUCACAGAGCCUACAGGCGGACUAUACUCAGGUGUCGGCAUCCCUGCUCUUUGAAAUAGUCCUCGUUCAGCGUGCCCUUGCGAACGGUUCCUCUCUCGACAACGUUCCAGUGUCUUCUCUCAAUCCAUAUACCGCGUUCACUCCUGCAACUACGGACGUCUGGGUGAACGGGCUAUGGUUCACGAGCCUCUCCCUUAGUCUAGCAACUGCCCUGGUCGCCGUGCUCGUGAAACAGUGGCUCCACCAUUACCUCGCGCUUCCUUCAGGGACGCCUCGGGAGCGAAGCCAUGUUCGCCAAUACCGAUACAGAGGAUUCCAGAGGUGGCAUGUUCUCGUCAUCAUUGGUCUUCUUCCCGUCCUCAUGCACCUCGCACUUGGGAUCUUUUUUGUCGGAUUGGUCAUAUUCCUGGUACCACUCCGACCUGGCCUUUCUUGGGUCAUCGGCAUAGGCACUGUCGCUGCAUACGCGACAUAUUUGAUAACCAUCUUCCUACCAAUUCUAUACCCACAAUGCCCCUAUCGCACACCGCUGUCGGAUCUCGUAUACUUUCCCUAUCGCUAUAUUACACAGGACCUAUUC